UUCAAGAUGCUUAAGAAAUUUUCUCUAGUUUACUGGAUAAAAAGCAAAAGUAUACAAACACUGGAGUCUAAUAAAAUUCCAGCUGCAUCGAGAUAUGAAGGAGCCACAGCAAGAUUAAAGUUCCAAGAUAAUAAAAACAAACCAAAAUAUCUUGAUGCUAAAAUUAUCCGAAUGAGUAAUGAUGAUAAAGAAUUAAAUGAGCUAGAGGUUGAUGAAGAAUCGGGAGAAAUUAUCGACCGUUCACAAAAGGCAUUUACGAAAAAAAUUUUAGCUUCAAGAAUUUUACUGCAGGAAGAAAAGAAAGAUUGUGAAAAACGAAAAAGAUCUGUUGAAAAAAAGCGUGAAGAAGAUGCUCUUAAUACUAAACCAUUUUUAGCGGAAGAAAAAGGACCUAAAUCAAAGAAAAUCAAACUAUCAAAAAUUACAAAAGGCACGACUUCAUUUCAAACUCUUCAUGAAGAACAAAAAGAAGUUAAUACGGUUACAAUGACAGUUAUUCCAUCAACUUCAUCCACCAGCGACCAAGUUAAGACACGAAGAUCUCAAAUACCGGAAAGUAAUUUAACAUCUGAAACUAAAGACAAUGAGGGCGAAGAAAAGGAAGAAGAAAUUAUGGAUUCAAUAUCACCAAAAAACGUUUGUUGGAUACCUGGUGUAACAACCGAGAUUUUAGCUUUUCACAAAAACCUUGUGGCAUCAAUGGAGUAUUCAUUAGAUCCUGGACGUCAAGAUGUUAUUAGUAAAGUGACGAAACUGACUAAGGAAAUUUUGACAAAUUCUGAAGAUAAGGUAGAAAUAUUUCCUAACACUGGCUGCUAUCUCCGUAAAUCCGUAAUGACAAGCAUAGAUCUUCUUAAUUUUAAAGAUAAUGAUUGGAAGAAAUAUCUCACUAAUAUUCUAGUGCAAAUGUUCGGGGACAAAUUAAAAUUUAUGUCAGUUAAAGGCUAUCGAGGAAAUGUAGCUCUGCAUCCAAAAAUUUGGCGAGCUCUUUUCAGUUUAAUAAAUGACAAGUCUGAAAGUCAAAUUUCUUCGAAGGUGUUUAACCAAGUGCUCAAUAAAGCGUGCACUAAUAGAAAAGCUACUUCCACUAAAAUCUCUGUUAUCAUUGAUGAGAAAAAAGAAAACGAAGAAGAUGACGAAGAAGAUGACGAUAAUGGAAAUUUAAACCAAGAUUUAUCGACUUUAUCGAAUCAUCAGUUCUUACCACCACGAUCUCCAUCCUCAUCACCGUGCUUCGAUAAUGAUUCAAGAACAUCAUCACUAGUAAUAGUUGACGACCAAGACAAAUUCGAACAAGUUUUGGAGAACAACAUUCAAAAAUCGCCAAGUACUGAACAGCAAUCAACCCUUAAGUCAACGAUUAAUCCUGCUCAUUCAAAAUCAAACUUCGAGAAUCAAUCAAUGGUUCCAUCAACAGCUCCAUCCACUCAAUCAAAUCUAUAUCCAAGUGCACAGUCAACAGUUACAUCGACAAUUACUUCAACUCACUCUAAUUCACACUAUCGCAAUCAAUCAAUGAUUCCAUCAACAGUUUCAUCCAGUGUUUCAAAUCCAUAUCCUCACGUACAGUCAACAGUUCCAUCAAUGAUUACUCCAACUUACUAUAAUCCACACUUUUAUAACCAAUCAAUGAUCUCACCAACAGUUUCGUCCACUUACUCGAAUCAAUAUCCUCAGAACCAAACCACUAUGACAUCUGUCAACUCACAUGCGUACCCUCAGCAUAAGUCAACAAGCAACUCUGCUCAAUCAACUGCGCACAUUCAGAACCAAUCCACUAUCACACCUACAAACUUAAAUUCAUACUCUCAGCAUCAGACAAUAGUUACUUCACCAAAUAGCUUACCUCACUCCAAUUCAUACUUUCCAAACCAACCAAUGAAUCCAUCAACAGCUUCACCCAUUUACUCGAAUUCAUAUUUAUAUAAUCAACCCCAAAAUGCUUUUACUGGAUAUCAUGGUGAACCUCAAUGGUAUUCACAUCAACAAAAUUAUUUUUCAAAUAACCAAGGUCAACACUACCAGCAUCAACAAAAUUUUAAUUAAAAUUUUAUGAAUCAAUAUUUACUAAAAAAAAGUUAUUUGUUCUUGUUCGAAUUUAUCAUUUUCUCAUUAUCGUUAAUAAGUUGUCCAAGAUUUUAUUUUCUAAAAAAAAUA